AAAGCAACCCCUUCAUGGUGUGAAAGACUGAAAGCCACUUGCCAUAAUAACCCCUGUCCUGUACUCCGUACAGUGAACACAAGAAAGAAGUGUCAGCAAAGGGCAUGGAUAAUUCCAGCCAACUAGUACGGCCGCUCAAGUCUCUGGGGCUGCAUCUCCCUCCGAGCUGCAUAGAGUUCUGUCCAGCAUUCCCGUCGUACUUUUUGGUUGGAACAUAUUGCCUUGAGCCCGAAACACCCAACUUGGGCAGUGAGGGUGCGGAGUCAGAUGCGAACGCAGAGGCACAAAGUGAGACAGAAGAAGACUCUCGCCGACGCAAGCAACCGCAGAGCCGGAAUGGUAGCAUCAUUGUCUUCCAACUGUUGAGCGGGGAUGUAACUCCCCUGCAAACCAUACCCCAACCUUCUGCGAUCCUAGAUCUCCGCUUCAACCCCAACGACGGCAGCCGCGAUGUCUGUGCCGUCGUGUCCAGCACCGCCACUCUUGCCCUCUUCAGGCUUUCUCCUGGCCCAAGCGAGGGCCAGCAGCAGCACCAGCAGCCGUUGAAGCAUGUGGCAACAAUGGACCUCGCGGCACUGUCGCGAGGCGCCAUCGGCCCGCCGCCCGACGGGACCGAGAUCCUCUUCCUUUCCUUCUGCUGGCACCCGUCGCGGCCCGACCUGGCGGCUGUCACCACGUCGACCGGACAUGUGUACAUUGUACACAUACCUAUCCUUGAUGAAGGAAAUAGCUGGGAGCUCCGUCCGGAACCUGUCAUCACGCACAUGCUUGAGACGUGGUGUGCGGCCAUCUCUCCAGCCGCCACCAUCCCUUCAGACUCGAAGCAGCAGUCCGAAGACGGCGGACGGCAAGGCGGCGCCGAGGUGGUGGAGAAGGAGGCUGUUUUCAGGGUAUAUUCAGGCGGCGACGACUCGAUGCUGCGCUUCACGACGUGCCGCUGGGGCCGCGAGGGCUUGCUUACCGAUACUAUUUCCCCGCGGGACUCGAGAGGGCACGAUGCUGGGGCCACAGCAAUUUUGCCGUUGUUCAUUGAGGAGCAGGACGGCAUUCAGCAUGAACUGGUGGUUACGGGCAGCUAUGAUGAGCGCAUCAGGCUAUUCGCAAUUCCUCUUCGCAUCGGCGGUGGCAAGGCAAAGAAUCUUGCCGAGAGCAGCCUCGGCGGCGGGGUCUGGAGACUGAAGUUGAUUGACCUGGACCGACGUGCCCAACCUGAUUACAGCUGGCGAGCGAGAAUACUGGCUUCGUGCAUGCACGCGGGCGUGAGGAUCGUCGAGCUGACUGGGACUGCGGCGAGCGAGUAUCACUUCCGAGUCCUCUGCCGUUUCGAAGAGCACAAGAGCAUGAACUAUGGGAGCGAUUAUCAGCCUGGCUGGAGAGACAAGCUGUCAGUCGUAUCCACUAGCUUCUACGACAACCUGUUGUGCCUCUGGGAAUUUGCGAGCCCCUGA